UUACCUUGGCAACCGGUUUUCGCGCAACAAGUUAACACCAUCACAAAACAAUUCCAGUCCGACUCUUGACUUCGUCCGUGGUUCGUUUGCGUGUUCAGUGAAACAACAAAAAAAAAAUAAAUACGUAAAGUAAAUAAAUUCGCGUUUUGUGUUUAGUUUAUUUUAUACGCGUGAAAAUACUCGUACUUUGAGCAUUGUGUUCCAGUUUGCAUUGGGGAAUAACUAGGCGAGUGGAAAAUUAUGUUUUAGGAUUUCAUUUCGGAUACAUAGUGCUUUCAGAUAGACGAAGAAACGACGAUGAAGCUCAACAACGACCAGAUACUUCUGAACUUGAAAAAUAUCUGGAAUAAGAACAGUUUCCUGAUAAGCAUACUGAUCGGGGUGCUUGUCGGAUGUAUUUUAGGAAUAUGUUUUCGUUACGCCGAACUCAGCACGGAUGCGGUAUCAAUACUGGGUUAUCCGGGUGAAUUAUUCAUGAGAGCGCUUAAAAUGAUUGUUCUUCCGUUCAUAAUAUGCUGCAUUAUUUUAGGUUCUGCAACAUUAAAUUUGAAAUCCAACAAAUUCGUCGCCGUCAGAGUAAUCGUAUUCUUUUUUCUAACCGCUUUACUCAACGCCAGCCUAGGAAUAACGCUAGGAUUAUUAUUCAAGCCCGGCAGAACCGAUAUAGCUGCUGGAGGGAUCGAGAAAGCCUCCACUGUACAAGAUACUGUCUCAAUAUUGGAUGGUUUACUGGAUGUGGGCAGGAAUUUAAUAUCUGAUAAUUUCUUCGAAGCUACAUUUCAACAGACGUACACAGCUUAUCAGGUGACCAAGAAAAAUAACACAGAUGGAAUAUCGUCAGAAAUUCGUAAAAAAGUACUCAAAUCGAGGAGUGGAACGAAUACCCUGGGUAUAAUAUUCUUCUGCGUGUUAUUUGGUUGUAUUUUGGGAACCCUCGAACGUCAGAAGAAAAUCCUCAUCGAAUUCUUCACUGCCAUUUACGAUGUUUUACAAAAAAUGUUGCUCAUUGUUAUAUGGUUCACUCCACUUGGAGUUGCUAGUAUAAUAUGCAGUAAGAUAGCAACUGUUCCGAAUAUCUUGGCUACUCUCGAACAAGUAGGAGUUUUCACAGCUAUUUGCAUAGGAGGUCUGCUGUUCUAUCAGCUGGUCAUAGCUCAACUUAUAUACUUCCUUAUUGUGAAAAAGAACCCGUUCAAAUACUACGUCAGUAUUUUAUCAGCAUUAAUGACUGGAUUUGCCACAGCUUCCAAAGCCGCUUCCCUACCAGUCAUGUUCAAAGUUCUAGACGGUAUCAAUAUGAAUAAAAAAAUCACCAAUUUCGUCCUACCCAUCGGAACAAUUAAUUUGAACGGAUCUGCUCAAUUCAUGGGCAUAGCCAUGGUAUUCCUCACUCAACUGGAAGGACGAUCUUUAGGUGUAAAUGAUAUCAUCACUCUAAUAUUCUCUUGCACAUUCGCCAGCAUGUCUUCGGCGGCCAUUCCAAGCGCCGCAAUAGUAAUGGUCACUAUGUUAUGCAGCGUUGUAAACAUACCAGCAGAAAACGUCGCACUUUUACUUUCAGUCGACUGGCUAAUAGACCGAUUUCGAACAGCAACCAAUGUCUUAGGAGACUGCUACACCGUGGCUGUGGUCGAGCAACUUUCACAAAAAGAACUUAAAGCAGAAGAUAACCAGGAUAAAGACAUAUUACCGGAAGAAGUGGUCAGCGUGGAAAGCACAUCAGAGGGCAGAACAGACAGCCCGAAAAGUAAUACUCCCUCGAUAGCGUGAUACUGAUUUUUAAUUUAAAUUGAUAAUAAUUUAUUGUAAGUUUUCAUGUUUUGUUAAUGUGUAAGACGUAAGUAGGAUUUACUACUAAUUUUUUGUAAAUAGUUUUUUUUAUAUUUUAAUGUGUUACUGUAAUGUGAUUUUUUUAUACUAUUUUUAUUUAUUA